GUGAUACCUGAAUAAGAAAAGGUGUGGCUUCGGAGCCAGUUUUCAUUUAAAUUUAACUUUCGCUCGAUUCGGACUAGUGAAGAACUCGCUACAUACUUCAAUUGACAUACACGGCAUAGAUAUUAUCUAAUCAUCAUUUAAUCAUUAUAUGAAACAUUAGGCCUUUAAAAAUGAAUGUUUUUUUUUUUAUUUUUGCCCUAACAAUGACCAGUCCAUUAAUUAUGGCGACUGAAAAGAAAAUUGAAAAAGAUGAAGCCAGCAAUGAUGAUGAAAUAAGAAUUUACAAGCGUCUUAUUCCGGCUGAUGUACUAAGAGAUUUUCCAGGAAUGUGUUUUGCAUCUACAAGGUGUGCUACGGUCGAGCCUGGAAAGUCUUGGGAUCUGACUCCAUUCUGUGGCCGCUCUACUUGCGUUCAAAAUGAGAACGACACAAAGCUUCUUGAACUUGUUGAGGAUUGCGGCCCUUUACCACUUGCUAAUGAGAAAUGUAAACUGGACACUGAAAGAACUAACAAAACCGCUUUAUUUCCAUAUUGUUGUCCCAUAUUUACGUGUGAACCAGGAGUUAAGUUGGAAUAUCCAGAAAUUGGAAAAAACUCCGGCAAAGAAAAUGAAAAAUAAAAAUAAAGAUUUUAAAAUGCUUAUAUUUUUCAUAAAUAUUUUUCAAAUAUUUAAAAGAAAUGUAUUAUUGUUCAUAUAAUUUUAUGUGUUUGUAUUACCAGAAAAUUAUUAAAAAUAAAAUAGCAAAUACUUCCGAAAUUUUUCCAAUUA